AUGUAUCGGAAGUUGUCUAAGUUAGAACACUCGGAAAUAAAACAACUUCUUACAGAAGCUAAUAUAGAUGUUGCAAAGCAUUACGCAACAAACAAAAAAGCACUCGCUGACAUCCUCAAUGACUAUAAUGGUGCAAUAAGUUAUGAUAGAAUUCAUGAGUUCAUAAAGCCGCAACGCGGGCGAGGACGAAGUCCAUGCAAGAGCAU